UCUGAUCGGUGCAGUCUAGUUUAAAAUGUAGAUUCCAUUCGCGAAUAAAUCCAGUCCAGAUUGCGUGUUGAGUAGAGAUAUUCCACAGCCUAAAUGAACUUUCCCGUAGUUGACAGAAUGGGUUUCAAACCACAAUCGAACAGACUACCAACGAUUGUCGUUAGUGCAGUGCUUAUACUAGCACUGGCUGUUAUAGAGCUAUAUACUGCACCGGUCUUUGUAAUGUACGAACGAUUCCAUCAAGUAAGUUCCGCCGAAAUCAUCGAUGCAGCUAACUUGCGCAUCGAUCAAUCGGAAGGAAAUUCAAUCGUACACUAACCGUGCUUAAUGGAACGUUUGAGCUGUACCAAGACUUGGAUGAUAGCUACGCCUUCACGUUACGCAUGUCUUACAGUACGCUCGGCAACAAUCAAUUCAUCCGUUCACCGUUCCGUAUACCCAUGCAGAAGGUGUGCACGUUUUUAAACACGACCUACCGCGAGUAUCGAGAGUUUUACCGUGACAUCACAAACUUUCCGGACGCUGGGACCUGCCCAAUGCCGAAGAAGCAGUAUUACAUCAAGAAUAAAGUGUUGGAUUCAAAGAUUAUUAACAAUUACUUUCAGCCCGGGUUGUGGAAAGUGGAGUUUAUGAUACUGAGGGUUGCGGACGAGUAUACAAUGUUCAGCGCUGAGAUACUGUUCAAAGUUUCACGAGAAGAUAUUUUAUGAUUCAGAGAUCCACCGCAUUGUGAAUAAUAUUAAAACAUCAUGAAGCUAGUAUGUAAAAAUUGAAAAGUCAAAACCUUUAAACCUUAAAUACUGUGUAGUGAUUUAAGAGUAAAUUUCAAUCUCUACCAGUCACUCGACUCCAAAACUGAAUUGAAAAGAAUAAGUUGAUAUGCACAUUGUAUUAAGGGAUGUGAUGCAUAGGGUAAGUAGACAUAAUUGUAUUAAAAACCCGGAGGUCACUGUAAGGUAGGUCUCUUUAUACCAUCGGAUUGCCCUUGUCACAAGUUGCAUAUCUGUGCUGUUUUGGUGGGAUUAUUAAUAUUAGCUCUUAUCCAUCUUGUUCAUUCAUAUUUACUUGGUGAUUUGCAUUAUAAUUUUGUUGAUAAUUGUUAUGUACUUGUGUGCUCUUCUUUAUCCUCAGAAAAAGAGGAAUGAUUUUUAUGGAUUUUUAUUUAACAAUCCGGAGCGUAGAAAAGAUAAAAUUUAACAGAAUAAAUAAUUACACUAAUGAUUACUUAAUGUAGGAACAGUUUCAGGAUCCCUCAAGUUUCACGUUAUGCCCAAUGGCCACUUCGUUCUAUAAACCUUUACUUAGCUAGCAUGAAAGCUACAGCCGAUGACUCGCGCUGAUAGAGAGCUGUGUGUGAUACCGGAGCAAAUUAAGUGAUCAACAAGGGCAAAUACGAUAUUGUCUCUUAGCACGAAAACUGUUAUAACUGCAUGUGACGAGCUAACCUUUUUACAGAACUCUUGCGCCGUACCUUCAGUAAGCAAUAUGCACUCGUUUCUGCUCGCCGUAUCAUUCGCCCUAGCACUUUUCCUGAUUGUUCCGGGCGAUGGACUAAUGCGCGUUAUUCUGGACUUUGAUCGAUGGGAAGUGAUCAAUGGAUCAGCGUUCUUCAACAUGGAAAAGUUUCGCGUCCGCAAGUACAACCGUACGCUGUCGGUGAUGAACGGGACCGGUGUGCUGCUGGUCGACCUGGACAAUCGUUACUUGUACGGAGUCAACUUUGCCCGUAGUGCCCAGGGUAACAAUCAGUUCAAUGCUUACCCGAUGAAGCUGGCAUCGAAACCGUUCUGUGACUUUAUCAACGCGUACUACCGCGAGUAUCAGCAUCUGUUUCUUAACUACACCAACCUACCGCUUGUGCCACCGGAAGGGCUGUGUCCGUUCCCGAAAGGAACAUACUGGGCGAAGGAUGCACACUUUGACUCGUCCGUUAUUCCGGUGGUCGUACCGGAAGGGCUGUGGCGCUGUACCACCGAUCUGAUCGAUUCGCUAACUGGGGAGCUUGUCGCCCGCGGUUCUAUGUACGUCCGGCUGAGCAAAGAGCUUGUAUAGAGAACGAGACAAAGCAAAACCGAAUAUAGAACAUUGUGUUUUCAUUGUUUAUUUUAAUGGAGCAAUAAGGCUUGCUCCAGAGUACAGUUAAAUAAUCAGAGUAAUGUGUGAUCAGAUGAUGGGGUAAAUACUGCUUACUCGAGAUAAAUCUUCUGAUAUGUGAGAUCUUCCGUUGCUCCACAAACAAAGUGCGAACUAUGUUCCCUUUUAUUUGCCAUUAUUGUAAACGGUUUGCUUCCGUUUGCCGUUGCGUUUCCUCUUUCGAGGGGAGAUGUUUCGGGAUCCGGUUUACAUCCGCAUUCCCAGACGUUGAAUAAGUGUAAAGGUGAGCGUAAAGAUCGAUCACAGCGAUCAGGGUAUCUGCAAAUUGUUUAUUUAUUGCAAAAAUCAGAAAAAAUAUAAAAAA